CAUUAUGUAAAAGAUCUUUUGCAAUACCCAAAAUAUGCAAUAGAAAUCGAACCUAUUGAUGACACUUUUGCAUCUAGCUCUGUAAAAAAUCAGGUACAAAACACAAAGUCUUUAUCUCAAAAUACUAGUGAUGCAAUGAAUAUAUCUUCAGAAAUAUCAUCUAAUCAAAUAAAUAUAAGAUAUAUGUUUGACGCUGACUUUAUCUUAAUUAAAAAGCAUGCUAAUGAAUCUACUAUUACAGAUAAAUCAUUUAAAUUCCAUAUAUUAAAAGAUCUUAUAAAAGAAUUGUUUACUAAACAUAGAACUUCACAAACCUCUGUAGUUAAAAAAGAAAAUGCUAAUAAUUUUGUUAAUUUGUAUAAUAAUAUAACUACUGCAGAAGCUCAAAAUGAAAUUACAAAUCAAGAAGUUAUAAUCUGCUAUUAUCAUUUUGGUAAAGCACUUGAUAAUAAGUAUGAUUAUUAUAAAAAAAGUAAUCCUAA